AUGAAGAUCGACGAGAAUAAUCACGGUACGGUUUUGAAGGAAGGCCAGUUGUUUCGGUACAGUGCGGGUCUGUUGUCCCAGGGAGGGGCAUGGAAGGAUGUGAGGGCGGUUUUGAAUGAGGACUCGACCUUCCGGGUGUACCGCGACGAGCAACGGAACCGCAAGGAGUUCGAAGUUCGUUUGGACGGCGUGGUAUUGUUUCUGGCGUUUGGAAGGGCGGCUACGAAAUACGGACCACCAAUGAUCAACAUCGCUGACCAGAAGAAGGUCGAUGUGGGAUGCCUGAUGGCGGUGCCUCAUUCAAAGAUGAGCGAGAGCAUCACUUGGUUCGCGGCUCCAAACUUGCAAGAGUUGGAACAAUGGAUCCGGGCCAUGGCCAAAGCGGUCGAUGGCAAGGCUCGUCCGCCUAAAUUGGGUAAAAAACCGGUGGCUGACAAGAUCAUGGCCGGCUUGCGGGAGACCGUGCAAUUGAACGACAAGCCCCUCGAAUGGGAGCUGUACUGGCUGGCCACUUCGCUGACCGUUGACCAUGAGCUCAACAGCAGCACUGUUGUCGCGGUGGAUAACGAAGAACCGGCGACGACCACUGCUUGGAGGAACCAGCUGGUGAACACAACCCCGGGAGAGGUUCAUAGCAUCACCCACGAGUCCACAAACCUCGAGGAGCUGAACCUCGAGCCUGUGACCUCGAUGCCUAUUGCAAAGACCGGCGCUUUCCAGAUGACCGGUGAUGCAGUCACCAGCGAAGCGGUGACCGCCGCCGAAUAA